AUGGAGGUAGAAGCUAAUGGACAGAGCUCAAACAAUCUGCUCGAGCCAUGGCGCCGCCAUACAGCAGGCGGUUGCCACGAUGACCUCCCCAUCUCUCCCCUGGAUCUCGGCCCGGACGACUUGAAUCAGGUACCCCGAUGUCCUGGUCCGGAUCCCUUAUUCGAGGCAUUGAUGGGAGAUUCGACUUACUGCAGCGUUCGAUAUGCCGCAGGUAUUGGAGGUAUCCAGCAGAGAGUAACGGAAUCAGAAGCACCAACAUCGCCGUCAAGAUCAGAAGCUCCACAGAGGUUCACUUUCUCAUUGUUGGAUAAUUCAAGCAAGCAUACUCCUUUAAACAUGCGCUUCGAGUCGAAGUCGGUAGCUCCUUGUGGAGUCAAACGACGACGCUGCCUAUCUGAUGUCGAUGGUUUAAACACAGGUGAUCUAAGCGUCAAGAAGCGACGACUUCGCGCUGAACUCAUCACCAGUCGUCUAUCGCAGCCUUACUCGCAACCUGCAACACACAUCCUAAAUAGAGAAGGCCAAGAGGCUGGCGACAAACGAUUUCUGAAGAUGGCUACGGCGGUAGAUAUGACACGGAGGAUCGCGCAUCUUCAUGCAACCUCUUUUCUACGCUUCUCCACGAUGAACUGUCUACGGAAGAGAUUGAGUUUGGGGCAAUCUUCCUCGGAAGGAAGGGGACAUGAGCAGGAAAUAGCAGCCAUUACAUCGAAAGCUACCGGAAGAUCCACCAUGCGACCUCAAACUCUACAGGAUUCAUCGGCGGGUAAAUCCCUUAUGAUCUCACCAACUGGUACCGGAAUCAUCGGGCCUUCAGGCAUCAUAUCAUCAAGGGUACCACAGCAACACCAGCCACUUCCUAAACCUUUUCAGCAUCCGAAGCCCACGGCAUGCAGACUAUCUAGUCCCGUGGCACUACCUCUUCCAGUCAGCGACGUCGCCGCAACUAAGAACCGUACAUCACCACGGCUCUUCCCCAUCCGAUCCCCGGAGUUGCGGCCCACAGCACCUUUGCCUCCGCUGGACGACCUGGAAGAGGACAGUUUCGCAUACAUGCACCCAGCAGACGACGAUUGGGACGACGUGGGCGAUGAUCAAGAAAGUGUGUAUUCCGACUUUAGCGUUUUGUUUGGCCAAAAUAACGAAAAUACGGGUGAAGAAGAGGACAGAUCGUAUGAGGAGUAUCUAGAUGAGCUCGACGGCAUCUGUUGGAUGUCCAGAUAG